UUGGCCAUCGCUUCCUAUACAUAACUGCGACUUCCCCUGUUUCCUAUUCGGACUCUUCGGCUUGCCUUGCCCUAGACUUCCCGCUCACUGUCAUUUUCUCCGGUAGGGUUUCUUCUUCAAAAAUUUGGCCUCUUCAACUUGUACUAUAACGGUUCUUCUUGCCUACAUCUAUCUAUUAAUAGAAUACCAUAGUAGCCAUUCGCAUUUCGGUUCCUGUAUCCUUCCUCUAAUCACGUCCAGCACGAUCACAAUCAACAUUCGUUUGGAUUUCGGCAUUCCCGUCCGUUUUCAUUUACCAAUCCCACUUACUGAACCCUUCGUAUACAUAACAGUCACAGUAAAUGCUGGAAGACGAAGCAUUUUGUAUGCCCAACGACUGAAUCGCAAAUGUUGGCAUCUUGGAAGUUCUAUCGGCAGCUUCAGUUGGAGGCGGCCCGGCAGGCAUCAUCCAUUGAAGAUUUUGUUUUUGUUAUCCUUCAAGCUUAACAUUGUGUCUCCAUGAAGAAACAAGCUUCAUCAACUUUUAGUUUUGGGAAGACCACAGGUCCGGUAACACGAGCUAAAGCUGGCACCUUAGCUUCUCAUGGCAGGAUAUCGCUGCCUAGACCACCGCCAAAACCAGAUAAAAAGCAAAGACUGAUAGGAAGAAGAAAAAGAGUGAAAUCUGAUGAGAACGAUUGUGCUGUACCUAGUGUUGCAGUUUCACAGAACAACAAAAGAGAAGUGCUUAAGGAUAUCUCAGAUUUAUGCUGUGAGAAUUCUUAUAGAAAUUGCUUGAAUGCAGCAAAAAUGCAGAUCAAGGCUUGCACGCAGCAAGUCAUAUCAGGACAAUCUAAAGCUAGAACAAUGUCUGACCAAAAAAAGCUAAAAAUUUCCCCUGCCGCUUCUGCCAAUAGUAUGCUAUCUCAUGGUGAUGGUAACAUUGGAAAAGACAAAGAAAUGCAGAAUGUGAAGAUUUUCAAAAGAAAAGAUAAUACAGAUUCAAUUUGCACGAAGGACAGUUUGUUCACCGUACAUGUUGAAGACAAUGUUAAUGAUCGGGGAACCUCAUUUCCUGCAGCAAUGGUGGAGGGAAAUAGACUAGGAGAGACUUGUAAGAAAGCGAAUGUUGAAGGCAUUCUUUCUGAGGAUCAUGACAGCUUAAGUUGCUCGGGAGUUCAAGACAUUGACUCCGACCUUUCAAACGCUCAAAUGUGCAGCCCCUAUGCCAGCGUUAUUCAUUAUAACCUUCGAACUGCAGAGCUUACUCGGAAUCCCUGUUCAAACUUUUUGGAAACUGUGCAGCGAGAUAUCACUCAGAGAAUGAGAGGCAUCUUAAUUGACUGGCUAGUGGAGGUUGCUGAGGAGUAUAGGCUUGUUCCCGAUACACUUUAUCUUACUGUUUCUGUCAUUGAUUGCUUUCUUUCUCAAAACUAUAUCGAAAGGCAAAGGUUGCAGCUUCUUGGUAUAACAUGCAUGCUGAUUGCAUCAAAAUAUGAAGAAAUUUGUGCUCCUCGAGUUGAGGAAUUUUGCUUUAUUACAGAUAACACCUACACCAAAGAAGAUGUACUUAAAAUGGAGAUUCAAGUACUCGACUAUUUGGAAUUUAGACUGUCUUUCCCUACAAUAAAAACAUUUUUAAGGAGAUUCCUCAGAGCUGCGCAGUCAACUUACAAGGUUCCUUCACUUACUCUAGGAUAUGCGGCAAAUUUCUUGGCUGAGUUGACAUUGGUGGAAUAUAGCUUCUUAGAGUUUCUUCCUUCAGUUAUAGCUGCAUCUGCUGUAUUCCUUGCCAGAUGGACAUUGGAUCAGUCUGAUCACCCUUGGAAUCGUACCCUUGAGUAUUACACCUCAUACAAAGCUUCAGAUCUUCAACAUGUAGUGCUGGCUAUGCAAGCUUUGCAGCAAAAUUGCUCUAAUUCCUUCCUCAGUGCCAUACGUGACAAGUACUUGCAAGAAAAAUAUGGGCGAGUGGCCGAUCGAGUAUCCCCCGAGUUGCCAUCCUCGAUCUUCUGAUGCUUUUAUAUUGUUUGUGUUGCCAUCGAACUGACACCGCAGCAGAAUUGAAGUUGCACACAUCCACUUACCUUUUUCCCUUUUUUGUUCAAAAAUUUCAUAUUUUUCUGCAAUUGUUAAGGUUGCAGCCCCCACUGAAUAGCCUUUCUUUGCCACUAAUGUGUAUUACACGACCUAAUGUGAAAAGAUGAAUAGGGCUUUUAGCUCAGGUGAAUCCUCAACUCCUAAUGGAAGUCACAAGACAUGCUUCAAAGCAGGAAUCAUCGGCUUGAUGAACAUAGAACAGAAUGUAACAAAAGAUUGCCUGUUUAAGCUUUGUUAAAAAACUUGUUAUGGUAGUUUUUAGCUAUGAAAUGCCAAACGGGAAGAUGGAAUUAUUAUUAGCAUUUGAUUCUGGUUGCUUGUUAGAAAAUUCUUUUGGUAAAGAUUGAGAGUUGUGCUUUAA